AUGGAAAAUUUUAAAUUGACACGUCCAAGUGCCGAUGUAGAUUCACUUCUGGAGAAGUUCAGGAUAGAAAUAAGCAGUGCGGUAAACGAAGAUCGUACAAAUGGUAGAAAAAUCACUAUAACUUCUACUAGAAACGAUCCAGAUCAUACCAGUGAUAUUGACAGUCAAAUUAAAGAAUUGGAAGACAUAAUACAAAAACUGCAAAAUGAAAUAACAGACUUAGGUAGAAAUGCCGAUGAGUACGUACCGAAGGAUUACAGCGACAGCGAGAAGUCUUACAUGACUGAAGAAAAUAAAGAGAAAGCUGAAGUUUCAGAUAAUAAGGUUGCUAGCAGGGAAGAUAAAGGAGGUGCCGGUGUUUCAGAAACUGAACAGUACAACCAAGUUUUUCCACUUUUUUUACAAGAUGUGAUUUUACCCUUGAGUGCUGAUAAUACACCAAUAAGUACUGUUGUCUCUGAACUAAUAACGGUUAAUGCCGAUAGUUCAAGUGAUCGAGAACAAAUUGACACAGUGAAGCAGGAAGUGCUGACCCUCUCGAAUGAAUUAAAAGAUAAUGCUCCAAAAGAUAAUCUCCAUGAAUUAAUAAAUCAAUUGCAAACUGAAAUAUCAGAAAAACUGGAGACGUUAAAUGAUAUUGACAUUGAUGACUUGCCAACACCGUAA